CGCCCUACGCCUUUACUCAUCCUCAGCUUCCGGGAGCGGGGCAUCAGCAUCGUGCUUAUAGCACAUGUCCUCGGGGUGAGCCUGCUCAAAUCAUCACAUGGCGGCGACCAACAUUGCGCCUCAAAUCCUUCUUCUACUCUUUCCAUACCGCUGCAACAUUCUCGCCUCGUACCACUAGCUCGAAUUGACGUCCAACGAAUGCUGCCCUUGUCGUUGGGCUCAAUGUGACAAGGCUGUAACUCCUCUACAAACUGUCUCCAGCUCUAUCGGCCAGCACGUGUUUGGCUGCUCCACCACGAGAAAUGGCCAACAAAAAGAUUCCCCUUGUCGCACUCGAAGAGUAUUACUUCUCCAAAGCAGUCAAUGAUUACUACGAAUCUCAAAAUGCCAAAUCUCCCAUUUCAGACUAUGCUCCCAGUGUUCAAUCCUCGAUCUCAGAACUCGGACCCGCCCGUUUGACAGCCAUGACCAAGGGUCGCAUUACCCUUCAAGUCAUCUGCCAUCACCCCAAUACCAUUGCCAUCCCCGCUGACGUCUGCCGGGCAUCCAACGAUGAACUCCAUGCCGCCAUCUCUAGCUCCCCAGACCCGUCGAGAUUCGCAGCCUUGGCCGUCCUCCCGACUGUCGAUCCCACUGCGGCAGCAGAGGAACUUCGGCGGUGCGUUAAUGAGCUCCACUUUGUUGGGUCCAUGGUCGACAACACCACCAACGGGUCCUAUUACGACGAUGCCAGCUUCUGGCCCAUAUUUGCCGUACACGAACUUCUCGACGUCCCUCUAUACCUCCAUUCCCCAUCUGCCUCCUCCGGCCCACUUCCUGCGUCUCCUUCGGCGCAAAAAUAUCCACCAGCGAUCACCAAGAUGCUCACUCGGAGAUCAUCAUAUUCCAACGACUCGCGCUCCAUUGCUAAAUCCACACCGACCACAACACAACACAUCCUCCACCUCUUCCUCGCGGGUGUCUUCGACACUUAUCCCGGGCUGAAGCUCAUUAUUGGCCAUAUGGGUACACAUUUGGCUUCGAGACUGGAGCGAAACCAUAGGUUGAUCCAGGCACACGUGCCGGUGGAACUCCGUCCGACUCGACACUUGCUCCAGGUCUGGCAUAGCAACCUCUACAUUACGACGUCGCAUACCUUCAACCUGGCCGCCAUGUCAUCGCUGACGGAGCUAUGCUGUGCGGACAAGGUGCUGUAUAGUGUCGGCUGGCCGACGUCGUCGUGCACAGACGGACUUUCUUUUAUGCGGGAUCUGCGAGUCAGUGGCCUGAUCAACGAUGAAGACUUUGACAAUAUCGCUUACCGCAAUGCGGUCAGGCUGCUAGGGUUGAGGCUGCCUAAGACGGAGGAUGGCACGCAGAUUGGGUUGGAUGCUCAAGGCGACGGGGCCGACGGGGCAAAGCUAAGGCCUUGGUUGAGUGUUGGCUCGAGCGGCACCGACGACUUGAGCGGCUCAGGCGCCAUCUUGACUGGUGCGUCGUUUACAUCGGCCGCCGAGUUUCCUUUUCCUCAUUCGCCGUUGGAAACGGUCAACGAGUAAGCUGAUGUGUUAUGCCAAUCUGCCACUGAUCCAAGUAUGGGCGAGUCAAGGCUAUUGGCUUUCUUUUGGGAGCGAUGGACUUUGAUUUUAUACGCAUCGUGUCUGUCAUCAGGCCUGAUGACGUUCCACAGCGAGGACUUGUCAGAGUUAUGACAAGUCACCAUCUAGGAUUACAUCUAUAACUGCUACUGACCUGUGGAAAUUGUACUUUUCUCCACGAAGACUCCAGCCGUCUGGGCCUAUAGAUGCUCCCAUUCUCUUCCCAUGAUAAACAUUUCAUUCGUCAAAAGAGAUGCCUGAAAUUUUACCAAAAUAAAGACUUGUACAUGCG